AUGGACAUCUUUGUCUUCGAGUGGCUCAAGACAUUACAGAUUCUGACUUAUGUUGCUCUCUCCGAGAGCUUGACAAGCCGAAACCUCUAUAAUGUAGCGUUGAACAGGGCAACAGCUCAGUCAACAACAUUUUCGAACAAUGGAUAUGAAGGGUCAUCCUCGCACGCGGUAGAUGGCGUUCUUGACCCUGUUUGGGGACACAGAUCAUGCGCAUCUACAAAGUACUUGCCCGACGAAAGUUGGUGGCAGGUGGAUUUAGGCAGGAGCUACAACGUAUCUAAUGUAACAAUCCAGAAUAGGCUGGAGCAUCCUGACUUCCUAUUCAAUUUCAAAAUAGAAAUUGCUGAAGAUUUCCUACAAGCAACCACUGAAAUUAUUAGAACACAGCUUUGCAACACUCACCGUUUAGGUGGUAUAGGAGCGGGGGAACUGAAGACCUUUCAAUGUCCUGACAACACAUUGGGACGCUAUGUGAGGAUUACAAGGAAUGCACAACAACAAAAUCGUCCACUAACACUGUGUGAAGUUAUAGUAGAAGUGAGGGCUGAUCAGUGCACAAACCUCGACCUAGCUGUCAAUAAGACGGCUACCCAAUCGUCCACUCACAUCACUGAUACUACCUACGGACACGCUUGGCGAUCUGUGGACGGAAACCUUGCACCAAACAUGUAUGAAAAUCAUUCCUGCUCGCAUGUAAAUGGCACCGGAUAUCAAUGGUGGCAGGUAGACCUGGGAAAACUCUAUCAUAUCAAGCAAGUGUCCAUCCAAAACCGAGAACUAAUAGGCUCGAGAAUGAAUAAUUUUACAGUAGAGGUAUCCAACACAUACCAAACUGACAGGUACAACCCGGAUGUUAGACUGUGUUACAACUACACCGGGCCACCUAUCCCCGGUAGCACGCUUAAAAGCCUGACAUGUCCAAAUAAUUUGAUUGGACGCUACGUUAGGGUUUCUAAGAUCGUCCACGCAAUGUCGGAGGAUCCUCUACAUUUCUGUGAAGUUAUUGUGGAAGGCGGAGAUCCAUCUUGUAUUGGUUUUACAACUGCUGAAGCCGUAUCUGCUGCAACCGACCUCGAGCCAGCAACAACCCAAGUCAAGAUAACAACACAGUCGGAGGUUCAAAGCACAGAAGUCCAGUCUACAACUACGGAAGCAGAAUUUACUAAAACUGAAGUCGAGCCGACCACAACCGGACUAAAGGUAACCACACAGUCUGAGACGCAGACCAGUGGUGUUCAGCAUGCCACAACAGAUCUCCAAACAUUAGAAACAACAGCACACAUCCUUGAAACAAGCAGUCAAGUGUCAACCUUGCCUACCGAACUAUGUCCCUGCAGAUGCAAGAAUAGUCUAGCAUUACAAAAGUAUUACAACCAGACAGUUGAGGUCCUGGUAGAGAAACUCAGAGAAAAGCUGAUGGUUGACAAGAAACAGACAAGCUCUUAUACUCGGACGCUUGUGAGUGUUGAUGACGGUAAGACCUCAUCCAGUAGCAUUGGAUACGCAGCGGCCAUCCUUCUGGUGGGCAUGGGACUGACCAUCGUCGUACCUGACGUGAUCACUCUGGUGAUCUAUCUAAAAAACAAAUGA